AUGGCACAAGUUCUGACGGAUUUUGAUACUGUCUAUGAGAUACUUUUGAGAAAACCCUUGCGCGACCAAUCUGGCUUUGUAUAUCAACUGUCCACUGUUGUUGAACUUGAACUCAAAAACCCAUCAACACCCAAUUGUAUGUUCGCCAAGUGGAAGCUCCUCAUCGACGUAUACAUUCAUGGAUUUGAACAUCUCAAGUUCUUGCUGAAUAACUCUUCUCCAUUCAUCAGCAUCUGGACGUUGCAUUGCUUCAAAGUAAUUUGCCGGUGGAACUUUGAGAUCCUUUCCGAAACUGAUUGUAGAGUGUUCCACGAGACAAUGGGUGACGUUCUCUGGAGGAGGAGCGAGGUGGCGGCAAAACUCAACAAGAGGCUGGAGUUGCGGGCAUGUGAAGCGAGGAGGACUGAGUGGGAGUUGCAGGAGGAGGAGUUGCAGGAGGAAUAA